AUGUCAGACAAAUUCCAUGUGCUUGAUUGUCUGCUGACAACUGUUCGAACCACUUCGAGUGAUAAGACUGUGGUCAUUUUGAACUACGCACAAGCGUUGGAUUUGUUUGAAAAUAAGUAUGACCACGAGUAUGGGCGCCUUCUUUCACCAGAAAUUUUGUUCAUCAUUGCACGGCGAUGUGCAUGCCAACCACAACCGAUGUGCACAAUCUUGAUAAAGGGUGUCAGACCGGGUCUGUUCCAUGCACGACGUAUGCUAGCCACUACUUCCUGCGGUAGUGCUGCAUCAUGGCUCCUUUUAUUGGUUCAGAAGUCCGCGCUGCGUGAAUCGAGUGCACAGGCAGGUGCCUCACCCGAAGUGGAUUGUAAUCGCGAGUUGUCAAUGUGGGAUCAUUACUACCACCACAUUGCGUUCGAAGACUACGUGUUGAAGGUGGUAGGAGACGCUAGAUUGAUACAUUUUAUCUUCUGA